GAGACAUGCACCCUUCCACUGCCUACCUCCUGCCCUCUGCCUCGCUAGAGAGCAGCCUGGAAGAGGGGGUGACAUCAGCAGCCCCAGGUCCCCUGCCAUCCCAAGAAGCACUGGAAGCACUGGAAGGGUCCUUGACCCCUGCGCUCCCCGACGAGGUCAGAGUCCAGCACACCCCGCCCCUCAGGAAGGGUCUGCCGUCCCUGAAGCAACUCAACUCGGCCCGGAGGCAGCUGAAGCCCCUGGCUACCCCGACCACUGUGCAGAGACUGGAGUCCCCUGCCUCGGCUACCACAAAGCCGCGUGAGCCUGGAAACCCUGAGCAGCCCACUGCGCCUGCGCCACUGCAGAUAGCUCCCUUUACCGCACUGGCAACCACGCUCCCGCACAGCCCGCAGCCCGCGCAGGCCCCCGAUGACAGCAGCCCUAGCAGCCCGCUGGACAAGGGUGAUAAUGACCUGACCGGGUCCGCCUCCGAGGAGAGCCAAGAAACCACUACGUCCACCAUCAUCACUACCACCAUCAUCACCACGGAGCAGGCCCCAGCCCUCUGCGGUGUGAGCUUCUCCGACCCGGAAGGAUACAUUGACUCAAGCGAUUUCCCGCCUCAGCCCUUCAGCAGCUUCCUGGAAUGCACUUACAACGUGACAGUCUACACUGGCUACGGGGUAGAACUGCAGGUGAAGAGUGUCAACCUCUCUGAGGGAGAGCUGCUCUCCAUCCGAGGAGUGGACGGUCCCACUCUGACAGUCCUGGCCAACCAGAGUCUCCUGGUGGAGGGCCAGGUGAUCCGCAGCCCCACCAACACCAUCUCUGUCUACUUCCGGACCUUCCAGGAUGACGGCCUUGGGACCUUCCAGCUACAUUACCAGGCUUUCAUGCUGAGCUGCAGUUUCCCCCGGAGACCCGAUGCCGGUGAUGUCACGGUGAUGGAUCUGCACUCCGGUGGGGUGGCUCACUUCCACUGCCACCUGGGCUACGAGCUGCAGGGAGCCAAGACGCUGACCUGUAUCAAUGCCUCCAAACCCCACUGGAGCAGCCAGGAGCCUGUGUGCUCAGCCCCAUGUGGAGGAGCAGUGCACAAUGCCACCAUCGGCCGAGUCCUCUCCCCCAGUCACCCGGGAAACGCCAACGGCAGCCAGCUCUGCGUGUGGACCAUCGAGGCUCCGGAGGGUCAGAAGCUUCACUUGCAUCUUGAAAGGCUGCUGCUGCAUGAGAAAGACAGGAUGGUUGUCUACAGUGGACGGACAAACGCGUCGGCCCUUCUGUACGACUCGCUCCGAACGGAGAGCGUGCCCUUCGAGGGCCUGCUGAGCGAGGGUAGCAGUAUCCGCAUCGAGUUCACGUCUGACCAGGGCCAGGCAGCCUCUGCCUUCAACAUCCGCUUUGAGGCCUUUGAGAAAGGUCACUGCUAUGAACCCUACAUCCAAAACGGGAAUUUCACUACAUCGGACCCCACCUAUAACAUUGGCACCAUUGUGGAGUUCACCUGCGACCCCGGCCACUCUCUGGAACAGGGCCCAGCUGUCAUUGAGUGCGUCAAUGUGCGAGACCCUUACUGGAAUGACACGGAGCCUCUAUGCAGAGCGAUGUGUGGCGGGGAGCUCUCUGCUGUGGCUGGGGUGGUGCUGUCUCCAAACUGGCCAGAGCCCUAUGCUGAAGGCGAAGACUGUGUAUGGAAAAUCCACGUCGGGGAAGAGAAGCGGAUCUUCCUGGACAUUCAGUUCCUGAACCUGAGCAACAGCGACAUCCUGACCAUCUAUGACGGCGACGAGGUUGUGCCCCACGUCUUAGGUCAGUAUUUUGGCAACAGCAGCCCUCAGAAGCUGUACUCCUCCACACCAGACCUCACCAUCCAGUUCCACUCAGACCCCGCCGGACUCAUCUUUGGCAAGGGCCAGGGAUUUAUCAUGAACUAUAUAGAGGUGUCACGGAACGACUCCUGCUCGGACUUGCCUGAAAUUCAGAACGGCUGGAAAACCACUUCCCACACAGAGCUGGUCAGGGGAGCCCGGGUCACAUACCAGUGUGACCCCGGCUAUGACAUCGUGGGUAGCGACACCCUCACCUGCCAAUGGGACCUCAGCUGGAGCAGCGACCCCCCGUUUUGUGAGAAAAUUAUGUACUGUACUGAUCCCGGGGAGGUGGAGCACUCCACCCGCCUCAUCUCAGACCCUGUGCUGCUGGUGGGCACCACCAUCCAGUACACCUGUAGCCCUGGGUUUGUGCUUGAAGGGAGCUCGCUUCUCACCUGCUACAGCCGAGAGACGGGAACUCCCAUCUGGACAUCUCGCCUGCCCCACUGUGUCUCUGAGGAGUCCCUGGCGUGUGACAACCCAGGGCUGCCUGAGAACGGGUACCAGAUCCUGUACAAGCGGCUGUACCUGCCCGGAGAGUCCCUCACCUUCAUGUGCUACGAGGGCUUUGAGCUCAUGGGCGAAGUGACCAUCCGGUGCAUUCUGGGACAGCCAUCCCAUUGGAGCGGGCCGCUGCCCAUCUGUAAAGUUAACCAAGACAGUUUCGAACAUGCGUUGGAAGUAGCAGAAGCGGCAGCAGAGUCCUCACUGGAAGGCGGGAACAUGGCGCUGGCCAUCUUCAUUCCGAUCCUUCUCAUCUCCUUGCUACUGGGAGGAGCCUACAUCUACGUCACGAGGUGCCGACAAUACUCCAGCCUCCGCCUACCCCUCAUGUACUCCCACCCCUACAGCCAGAUCACCGUGGAGACUGAGUUUGACAACCCCAUCUAUGAGACCGGGGAAACAAGAGAGUAUGAAGUUUCCAUCUAACAAGAGCUGCCCUGGAAAGGGGCACUUCAGAGACAGACAUACAGACAUGAACUGUCAGGACCUCCUCGGACAUUCAUCAGAGACCCUGUGGCGUUGGGUUGCAGCCCAGCGUGACCGCCAUCUUUCCUCUACACUGUUUCUUCGCUGUACUUAACUAUAUUUAAAAUUGAAGGCUUUGACACCGGUAAGUUCGGCACAUGGAGGCUGCAGCCAAGGUCACCUGACGGCCUCCAUUCCUAAGGCAAACAGAGUGGCAAACGGCAGGUCAGGUUGGAUCAGCCGUGCCAGGCUGCGGCUGCCCAGUCCUGCAUAGUCUUCAGCAACACACCACAGCGUACUCGGUACAAACGGAAGCCCCUGGGUUGUUGGAGUGUGUCUUGCAAAGUUGCCUUGGAGUGGAAUUUAGCCUGAGUACUUUUAAGCCCAUAUUUCCAAAACAAAUUCUGAGUCCUCUUUUCCGAUUUAAAAUUCCUCUAAAACGCCCAUCUUCUCCUUCCUGUGGCCUUCUGAAGGCAGCAAAGAUUUUCCCAGAAUUCCUCAGGCCCAAGGAACGCCAAUAAGAUGAGCAGGCAGACCCUUUCUUAAAAGGUGAUUAGCCCAAAACUACUAAUAGUGCAGGGAUCUUGAGGAAGGGGACUUCAAAGAGGAUGGAUACCGGAUGAGUUCUGUACUGGAACUCACCACAGUUGGCGUGGUCAUCCUGAGACUAAGGUCAUAAACCCACAGGCAGUUUGGACUACAGAGUUACCAGGUCUGCCAGAGAGGGAAGAAUAUGUCCUGACUUGGGAGCCAGGAAUCUGCUUUGAUUUUCACCUGGCCUCCUAGACUAUCUUGGCCUUUGACAUAGCCAUGAGAGAUACUGCCUCCAGAUCUUGUUCCCACAAACUCCUUGGCCGGGGAGGUGCUGAGAAACAGUUUCCUCACUGGCCUCUCAGUUUCUGGGGGAGCAGGGCUGAGGGGGCGUGGCAUCAGUACCCAAGCAGAUUCCCUGUGGGCAGAGCAGGGUGGAAAUCGCAGGUUAACAAGGCACAAGGUCCAGCCUGAACGUCAGUAAAAACAAAAUGUUUCUGAACAGCAGACCGACCCUCCCAGCCUUCAGCUACUGCUCCGUUCACCUUUGUUAGAGGUUGUGACUCUCCAAAUGACUAUUUUCUAAGUACAGUCCUAAAGAAAUGUGUCAGGGUUAGGUGCGAGAAGAGACAGCAGGCGUGGGGGGAGCAAUCACUUGAGGACUAUGUCGUGACCACAGGGUGCUCAGUCUGAAGGAACCUUCCUGUGUCCUCCUGUGCUAUCUGGGGUCAUUGUGUUAAAUCCCUUGGUUUCAAAGAAGAGAGAAAGCUCUUUCUGGGUGUAGGGUUUUAGGGAGACUGCCUCUUCUCAGCCCUCAUUCUAGCAAGGAUGGACUCAUCUUCCUCCAGGAAAGCCCCCGUAUGCAUCUGCCUGACCACUGUGGCUGGGGGUGUUCUGGUCACCCAGCUAAUCCACCCACAGAGGAACCAGAGGAGAAAUCAUACAGGUUCUAGGGGGAAGGGGUCCCUUGGGGGAAGACCGACUAUGAAUAAUAUGGCCUUUCUCCCAGAGGCAGAGGCAGAAACUAUACAAGAUGCUUCCAACUCCAGCUCUGGGUCACCUGCAAAAUCUGUCUGUAGCGUUCGAUUUUAGUCCACUGUAUGCCCCUAAGUGAAACUAAGUGCUUGCCUUCUAUAAAGGCUGACUGUAUGUUGCCCUUCUAACUCUGCUCCCUAAAGCUGACCAGGUCAUUCCCAGGUCAUCUCUUGGCUAUUGAGAAGGGGGUAAAAAUGUUGAUUUUUAUUUUUUUUUUUACAGGAGGCCAAUGUCUCAGUUCUGACUUAGUGGUACAGUCGGUGUGGCCAUGUUUUAAAAUGUUGUUCUAGCCUAGAGGUGCAUCACGCGAGCUCACAAUGUACAAUGACUGAAUGAACAUGCUGGUGUCUAUUUUUUUUUAAAUACCUGACUGUGUAUUUGUAACAUGUAAAGGUUUGGUUAAAAAAAAAAUGAUGUUACCAGUGCCGAAUUACCAGAUGCCAGUCCCAAAGCAUUUCAUGACAGUCCGUCCCUGUCUGUUUUUACAAGAUGGAAAUUUGAACCCAUCGGAUUAAAUAUUUUUCGAACGGGAUACACUCGUGAGCCCUCCCACGAGCAGCUCCCUGUUCUGACGUCAGUGGGGAUACUUGUUUCGGAACAUGCGCAUCCUUCAUACUGAUUGGCGCAGGCCACGCUGUCAACAGGGACAGCUCCUCCCCCUUCUGCUCAGAGCUCAUCUCCCCCCUCUUAGCUUGCCUUUUGGUAGACUCACUUUGCCAGCCUAAGUAUUCUGACCUCUGCCCGGGGAGGGGGGUGGCAUCUUUCCAAGCGAUCACAGCCCGAGCCUUUGAAGCCAGCUUUUUGGAGACCUCACAAACCUCAGGGGACAACUCUGGAAAUCCACACACAGCCCUAGAGAAGGGGAAAGGGUAGAGCCUGAAUGGACACCAUGGGGACUCCGACGACCAAUGGGUAGCUUCAGGAACCGUAGGCAAAUCAACCUCUUCCUUUGGUGAUGACCUUCCUGUGUCUUUGAUGAGGCCCCCGGUGAGAUGGCACUCGGCACCCACAAAGACAGGCAUCUUCUGGGGCACUUGCUCUUUCAUUUAUCAUCAAAUAAAAUAAAAAAAAAAGGCAAACUUUCUAAGCUAGAAAAAUGAAAUCAUUUUCCACUUUGUAUAUAU